UACUGAUUCCAAACAAAAAAUCUGUGGGAAAAUAUUUACUAUCGCAACAAGAUUUUCAAUUUCUUGGUGUGUGUGUGUGUGUGUGUAUGGAGUCGGCAAAACAACAAAGCUCGGGGACUUCAAGUACUGAUGAAAAUUAUGAUCGUCAAGAACAAGUCAAAGAGGACUCAUCAAGCCGUACAACAAUCUCUGCUAAACGCUCAUAUGAAUGUUCUUUUUGCAAGAGAGGCUUCACCAACGCGCAGGCCUUAGGGGGGCACAUGAACAUACACCGCAAAGAUCGAGCUAAUCGAACCAAAGACAAGCAACUUGCAAGUUCUUCGUCAGUAUCAAGCAAAGCCAGCGAGGAAAUCAAGAAUCCUGGAUAUAUGGUACCAAAUUCAAGUGAACCCACGAAGUACUAUCCGGUUUCGGAGGAUCAAAGGAAUUAUGGAACGUAUUUUCAGCAACCAGGAUCUAGCCCUAGAGAGCCAUAUAGUUACAAACAUGGCAGUCAUGAUUUUCUUGUGCCGAGAUCUCAAUCCUUGAGCAUGAAUGACGAGCUUUGGGGUACAAGUAUAGGCUUGCAAAUUGGGUCUUCCAAUAUACAAGAUAACGGAGGGAAUAGGAGGGUUUCUGACGAUGAUGAAGUCGAUUUGGAGCUUAGACUUGGCCAUGACCGCUAAUGAGUCACACGGGUAAAUCUCUCUUUAAAGAAUGAAGAAAAUGUAUUGUACAAAGGUUACGUACUUAUUUGCUGGUACUGUUUGAUAGGGGAGGGUAUUUGUGGAUUCCAUGAAGAUAGAAACAUACAUAUAUUUGCAUAUUACUGUUCCAUUGGUGUAAUAUAUAGAUUAUGCUGAGAGAACGAAAACGAAUGAUAUUUGGUUCAGAAUUGUACAUCCUCGAUAGAUAAACCUAUGAAUCAAGUUCUCCUCAGCAGGAGGUAAGUGCAUUGUAUUACUGGUUCGGUGUGGCUACGUUCAUACAAAAUUACAAGGCUAGCUUUAUCAUGUUCUACAGUUUCUAUAUCUCAUUCAAACUCAAAUAAUCGAUGUUUGGUGAUUAUU